CUCAACUUACUCUUACGAUCUUCUCAUAUUAUUCCUCCGGUUUCGUAUACAGUCGAGUGGUCGUCUCGAAGCUGUAGUAUACUUCUUAUCUCCCCGCUCUUAUCGGAGCUUGAUCAAAGGGCUCUUUCUCCCACUUCCUUUACGUCGUCUUUCUCCUUUCAACCUGAUCCUAUCCGUCAAGCCACAAUGGCUUCUGCCUUCCGCUCCAGCCUGAAGCUGCGGGCUUCAGCUCGUCUCCCAGCUGUUCGCACUAUUACAACCACACCCCGCCUUCGAGCUGCGGAGAAGCCUUACUUCCCCAAUGAGCCUACUGCUCCCAAGCUGGCUACGGCCAUUCCUGGCCCAAAGAACAAGGCCGCUAGCGAACAGCUCAACGAGGUCUUCGAUGUCCGCAGCUUGAACAUGCUCGCCGAUUACACCAAAUCCGUCGGAAACUACAUCGCCGAUCUCGAUGGGAACAUGCUCCUCGAUGUUUAUGCCCAAAUCGCGUCCAUUCCCGUUGGUUACAACAACCCUCACCUCCUCAAGGUGGCCGCUUCGCCCGAGAUGGCUACCUCCUUGAUCAACAGGCCAGCUCUUGGCAAUUUCCCUUCCGCUGACUGGGCUCACAUCCUGAAGACCGGCAUUCUGAAGGUCGCUCCCAAGGGCUUGGACCAGGUGUUUACCGCUAUGGCGGGUUCUGACGCCAACGAGACCGCUUAUAAGGCCGCUUUCAUGUACUACCGUCAGCAACAGCGUGGCGGUCCCGAGAAGGAAUUCACCGAGGAAGAGAUUCAGUCUAGUAUGCUGAACCAGACCCCCGGAUCUCCUCAGCUGUCUAUCAUGUCUUUCAAGGCUGGUUUCCACGGCCGUCUAUUCGGCAGUCUUUCCACGACUCGCAGCAAGCCCAUUCACAAGCUCGAUAUCCCCGCCUUUGACUGGCCCCAGGCUCCCUUCCCCUCCCUGAAGUAUCCUCUCGAGGAGCACGCUAAGGAGAACGCUGAGGAGGAGCAGCGCUGCCUGCAGGAAGCCGAGCGCCUGAUCAAGGAAUGGCACAACCCCGUCGCUGCUAUCAUUGUCGAGCCCAUUCAGUCUGAGGGUGGUGAUAACCAUGCCUCCCCCGCCUUCUUCCGCGGUCUCCGUGAAAUCACUAAGCGCAACAACGUCCUCUUCAUCGUCGACGAGGUCCAGACUGGUGUUGGUGCCACCGGUAAAUUCUGGGCCCACGACCACUGGAACCUUGAGACUCCUCCCGAUAUGGUCACCUUCUCCAAGAAGGCUCAGACUGCCGGUUACUACUUUGGCAACCCUGCCCUGCGUCCCAACAAGCCCUACCGCCAGUUCAACACCUGGAUGGGUGACCCCUCUCGCGCUCUCAUCUUCCGUGGUAUCAUUGAGGAAAUUGAGCGCUUGUUUCUGGUUGAGAACACUGCCGCGACUGGUGAUUACCUCUACUCUGGCCUUGAGCGCCUCGCGAAGCAGUACCCCGAGCACCUGCAGAACCUGCGUGGUAAGGGCCAGGGUACGUUUAUUGCUUGGGAUACUCCCAAGCGUGACGAGUUCCUUGUCAAGGGCAAGGGCGUUGGUAUCAACAUCGGUGGUAGCGGACAGAACGCAGUCCGCCUGCGGCCUAUGCUGAUCUUCCAGAAGCACCAUGCUGAUAUCCUCCUUGAGAGCAUUGAGAAGAUUAUCAAGCAACUGUAGGGUGGUCUGGGCUAAUGAUUGCUUAUUGUGCGUUUAUUCCACGGCGUUAUAAUGGUAAAGUGGGAGCAGGUUGUCUCAAAUCAUUGCAUUUAUCACAAUUAUAUGAGUUCGAGUUCAGAAAUUUGAAGAUCCGAUGAUGGAUAGUUCAAGCUAUU